AUAUUUCAUUAAAUAUACAAAUCUGUUUAUUUAAUUUAUUUUCCAACCAUAAGUCCUUAUUUUUGGUUUUGGGCUUUGUGCUAUAGCACAAAAUAGAUGCCCAAUAAAUAUUUGUCAAAUAAAUAAAUUUUCUUAGGAUCUGUACAGCUGUAACUGACUGGAUGCCAAUAGCUAUAUGUCUCUCAUUGAACUCUGUGAAGUAAUGAGGGCAGGAUGUGAGCUAAUGACAACUGUAGGAUAUCAAGUCCACUGCAAGGUCCAGAUAAUUAAAAAAAUUAUCUUGGCUUUACCCAGGUGAGCAGGUACAAACCUGUCCCUGUUGUAUGAAAGAGUAUUUUUGCCAGAGGUGCCAUCAGGGUACCCAGACUGACCUAUCAGUUCCUAGUAAAAUAAUAACAGCCACCUUUUGUUGAAUGUUUACUAAGUGUCAGGUACUGUGCUAGGCAUAUUUCAUCUUUAAAAUGAACUUUCAUGAAGUCUCUUAGCCCUUACAAUCUGCCUAACUCCAGGGCCUUUCAUCACCUGACUGCUUCUGCAUUGAGGAAGCAACCUACAUCAAGGGGUAAGAGUAGGAAUUGUAAAGGCUGUUUUUUGUUUUUGCAUCUACCUCUUCAUCCCAUUAAUGUAGACGAGAGGAGAUGGAAGAGACAGACAUAGAUGACUCAGUGCUUUUAUCACUGAUAUGGCACCAACUCAAAAGCAAGGAGUGACUACCUUAAUUACUCUUUUGGAUGCUGAUCAAUGCUGGGUCCAAACUGAGCUCAUAGGGCAAGAGUGGGAUUCACUGGACCUCUCACUGUCAUUUACUAAACUACUGAGCACAGAAACUUGGUUUAUUGCCAAACCCUGUGCACUCCAUGUUGGGAUCCAGGACAGUUGUCCUUAUCAGCCCCAACCCAAUGCCAUCCUUGAAAAGGUGUUCAUAUCUAUUACCAAGUAUCCUGAUGAAAAAAGGCUGGAGGGCCUGUCAAAGCAACUGGACUGGGAUGUCCGAAAAAUCCAGUGCUGGUUUCGACAUCGGAGGAAUCAGGACAAGCCCCCAACGCUCACUAAAUUCUGUGAAAGCAUGUGGAGAUUCACUUUUUAUUUAUGUAUAUUCUGCUACGGAAUUAGAUUUCUUUGGUCGUCACCUUGGUUUUGGGACACCCGACAGUGCUGGCAUAGCUAUCCACAUCAGCCUCUCACAAGUGGGCUUUAUUACUAUUAUAUCAUGGAAUUGGCCUUUUAUUGGUCUCUAAUGUUUUCUCAGUUUACAGAUAUUAAAAGAAAGGACUUCCUAAUCAUGUUUGUGCAUCACUUGGCCACCAUUGGGCUCAUCACCUUUUCGUAUAUCAACAACAUGGUUCGGGUAGGAACUCUGGUCAUGUGUCUACAUGAUGCUUCAGACUUCUUGCUGGAGGCAGCCAAGUUGGCCAAUUAUGCCAAGUAUCAGCGUCUCUGUGACAUCCUUUUUGUGUUCUUCAGUGCUGUUUUUAUGGUCACUCGUCUAGGAAUCUAUCCAUUCUGGAUUCUGAACACAACCCUCUUUGAGAGUUGGGAGAUGAUCGGGCCCUAUCCUUCCUGGUGGCUCUUCAAUGGCCUUCUCCUGAUCCUACAGAUUCUUCAUGUCAUCUGGUCCUACCUAAUUGCGCGAAUUGCGUUCAAAGCCUUGAUCCGAGGAAAGGUGUCUAAGGAUGAUCGCAGUGAUGUGGAGAGCAGCUCAGAGGAAGAAGAUGUGACCACCAACACAAAAAGCCCCUGUGGCAGCAGCUCCAGCAAUGGUGCCAAUCGGGUGAAUGGUCACAUGGGAGGCAGCUACUGGGCUGAAGAGUAAAAUGGUUGAUAUGGGGACUUAAGCACACAUGGACUUGUAGAGCCACUGGCAACCUACUCCUCUUGGGCCUCCCCAUACCUACAUUCCUGUGACUAGGGGUCUACAGGGCACUGAGGAGAAUCAAAGAAGCAAACAUUUUCACUUUUUUUAAAACUCUGCCAUUUUAUAUUUAAUAGCCUCCAGGUUCUUUCAGUAAUAUUAUUUGCUCUGUGAGUGUGUUUGUGUGUGCGCGCGCGUGCAUGUGUGUACUUGUGUGCACACGUGCAUUUAUGCAUAUGCAUGAGUUUCAUUGUCUGGGUUGGGGCACAGUUCUGAACUGGGGCCACUAGGCUUUGCCUGGUCCCCUUUGAACCCACCUCAAUCCCAGAUUUAGCUGCAUCUUGAAUUAUGCUGGCUCUGGACUGUCCCCUCCCUGUUGCCCAUGGCUCUUGAGGCUCUGGCCAUCUGAAUGGAACAGCCAAGUUCAGCUACAGGUUUCUGCACUGUUCUUCCUUCAGAGCUGGAAUAUUUGACAUGAAGUUGUGUAGAAACAGACAACCGUGGAUUGAUGGCCAGGAUUGCUGUGACCCUAGCUAGAUCUCCUUCCUACCACCUGGCAGUGACAGGGACAGCUGCUGAUACCCUGCUCUUUACUCAAUGGUACACAGGGAGUGGGGGGUGGGAGAGGGUGAGCUGAGGGCUGGAGGAGGACAACAGCCACUGGGUGAGCUGUUAACGGUUUAUACUAUUGUUUACUCUUCUGUGAUUAAAAGUGCUUCAACCCUCUGCUA